AUGAUACUUUGUCAAUCAUCUAGAAUCGAAAUUAAUGAACAUCCUAUUCAAAUUUCAAAUAACAAUAAUGUUCAUUUGGUUCCAGGAAUCGAAGUUCUCCAAGUUAACAAACAUCCUAUUCGAAAUUCAAAUAAGAAUCGUCAAGUUAACAAGCAUCCUAUUCGAAGUUCAAAUAACAAUAAUGCUGAUUUGGUUCCAGCAAGCGAAAUUAACGAACACCCUAUUCAAAUUUCAAAUAACAAUCAUGUUCAUUUCGUUCCAGGAAUCGAAGUUCUCCAAGUUAACAAACGUCCUAUUCGAAAUUCAAAUAAGAAUCGUCAAGUUAACAAACAUCCUAUUCGAAGUCCAAAUAACAAUAACGCUGAUUUGGUUCCAGCAAGCGAGAUUAACGAACAUCCUAUUCAAAUUUCAAAUAACAAUAAUGUUCAUUUGGCUCCAGGAAUCGAAGUUUUCCAAGUUAAAAAUCGCCAAGUUAGCAAAUAUCCUAUUCGAAAUUCAAAUAACAAUAAUGCUGAUUUGGUUUCAGGAAACGAAGAUCUUCAAAAAGCCAAGUAUUUGGAUAUACCUCUGACGUUAGACGUGAUGGACGUAACUUUAGUUACGUCAUGCUUCCAUGCGGCACCAUGA